AUGGAGAGUUUACUGCCAUUUCUAGGAAUGGUGAUGGCGGUUCUGGCUCAAGCUGCAAAUAUGAUAGUAAACAAAGCAGCCAUGUCCAAAGGGAGCAACAAAUACAUUAUGGUUGUGUAUGCCAACGGCCUCUCCACUCUUAUUCUUCUCCCUCCAGCCCUCUUCUUCCACUACAGAUCAGGGCGCCCUCCCCUUACAUUCUCCGUACUCUGCGGAUUCUUCAUGCUUGCCCUGUUUGGAUGUUCUGCCCAGAUAUUUGGAUAUGUUGGUAUAGAAUACAGCUCUGCCACGCUUGGCACCGCCAUGCUUAACCUCAUCCCAGCAUUUACUUUCAUACUUGCCGUCAUUUCCAGGAUGGAAGAGGUGCAGUGGAGAAGCUCAAGCAGUAAAGCCAAAAUUUUGGGAACCAUAGCAUCAAUCGCAGGAGCUUUUGUUGUAACAUUCUACAAAGGCCAGCCAAUCAUGCUGCCACCAUCAUCACAUCCACCGAAUCUCUUCUCAUCAAAAUCAAAUUGGGUUCUGGGAGGCCUUUUUCUUGCAGCUGACUCCUUCUCCAGUUCCUUAUGGUACAUUCUGCAGGCAUCAUCAACCCUAAAGAAGUACCCAGCAGUUGUGGUCAUAGUCUGUUUUCAAUGCUUAUUCAUGACCGUUCAGUCUGCAUUAGUUACUUUAAUUGCAGUUAAAGAUGCAAGUGCUUGGGAGUUAAGGUUGGAUAUGGGGCUGAUUGCUGUUUUGUACACUGCAAUUGUUUCAACCGCUCUCCGUUACACUUUAACCACCUGGUGUGUGUGGAAGGCUGGAGCUCUUUUUUGUUCAAUGUUUAAGCCUCUUGGAAUUAUUUUUGGUGUGAUCAUGGGUGCCAUCUUUUUGGGAGAUCCAUUCUAUUUUGGGAGUUUGGUUGGUGCACUUAUAAUUGUUACUGGGUUUUAUGCGGUGAUGUGGGGAAAGGCCAAAGAAGAGAAGCUGGUGGAAGGUGGUAGUCGUCGGGAAUCAUUAGGUCAAAAUAACGUCCCUCUACUACAAAACAAUAUACAAGAAAAGCACAACUGCACAAGUACCUUGUGUAAAUAA